CCAGCGCGGCAGGUGGUGGCGUCUACCCGCACCUAGCCAAACCCGGACCGCGCGAGGAAAGCGCCCUGACCAAGCCGAGACUGGCGGCCUCCCGGGGCUGGGCGCUGGAGAGAGCGCAGUUGCAGGAGUGGCCGCUGCCGAAGUCCCCGGGCAGGGGGCAGGGCCAGAGGAUUGCACGCUCCGGGUGCCGGGGCGACACUCUAGCCCCAGGGGACUCGCCGCCCAGCCCCCGAGGGUGCAGGAGCGUCUGGCCGCUCACCUGGGGCCGAGAGGGAGCUGCCGGGCGGGGAGGUGCCGCAGGCACCAGGCGGGCAGGGCGGGGCAGGACAGGACGGCCGCCUCUGCAAGUGCCACCCGGCCCACCCGGGCCUCUCCCUUCUGCCCGGGAUGUCGGCGGCCGGGGCGCUCGCGGGCCGGGGCUAUAUGGGGCUCCCGCGCGGGCCGUUCUUCUGGCCGCUGCUCCUGCUCACGGCUGCCUGCUCGGGGCUUCUCUUUGCUCUGUACUUCUCGGCGGUGCAGCGGUACCCGGGGCCCGUGGCCAGAGUCAGGGAUACCACAUCAUUUCAAACAUUCUUGCAACCCAAGGCAUCGAAUUCUUGGACAGGAAAGGGCCAGGCCUGCCGACACCUGCUUCACCUGGCCAUUCAGCGGCACCCCCACUUCCGUGGCCUGUUCAAUUUCUCUGUUCCAGUGCUGCUGUGGGGGGAACUCUUCACCCCAGAGCUCUGGGACCGCCUGAGCCAAUACAAAGCCCCGUAUGGCUGGCGGGGGCUCUCUUACCAAGCCAUCACCUCCACCCUGAGCCUUCUGAACAGCUCAGAGAACGCCAAGCUGUUCGCCCCGCCCAGGGACUCCCCUCCAAAGUGUAUCCGGUGUGCCGUGGUGGGCAACGGAGGCAUUCUGAAUGGGUCCCGCCAGGGUCCCAACAUCGAUGCCCAUGACUAUGUGUUCAGACUCAAUGGAGCUGUGAUCAAAGGCUUCGAGCGCGAUGUGGGCACCAAGACUUCCUUCUAUGGUUUCACUGUGAACACGAUGAAGAACUCCCUUGUCUCCUACUGGAACCUGGGCUUCACCUCCGUGCCACAAGGACAGGACCUGCAGUAUAUCUUCAUCCCCUCAGACAUCCGCGACUAUGUGAUGCUGAGAUCGGCCAUUCUGGGUGUGCCUGUCCCUGAGGGCCCAGAUAAAGGGGACAGGCCGCACACUUAUUUCGGACCAGAAGCUUCUGCCAGUAAAUUCAAGCUGCUACAUCCGGACUUCAUCAGCUACCUGACAGAAAGGUUCUUGAAAUCAAAGUUGAUUAACACCAAUUUUGGAGACUUAUAUAUGCCUAGUACCGGGGCUCUCAUGCUGCUGACAGCUUUGCAUACUUGUGACCAGGAGUGUCUUGACUGCAGUCCCCAAUUAGGAUGGGGAGAGAGUAGUAAUGGGCUUUUGCAUCCACCCUCGAGUUCCAAACCCAGCUCUGGCAAUCACCAGCUAUGCAACGUGGGGACACAGUCAGUGCCUAUGGAUUCAUCACAAGCAACUACUGGAAAUUUUCCGACCACUAUUUCGAACGAAAAAUGAAGCCAUUGAUAUUCUAUGCAAACCACGAUCUGUCCCUGGAAGCUGCCCUGUGGAGAGACCUGCACAAGGCUGGCAUCCUUCGGCUGUACCAGCGCUGACCCCAAGGCACUGAACCCUUUGCUUCUUCAAGACUUGCGGCCCUUAUCCUCUCAAGUGGCCAAAAGCUUUUUUCUUAACUUUUCAAUCUUCACCUUCCUUUCUUUCCAACAGAGGGCACUGGGGUGAAUUCACGACUAUCAUCGAGGUCUGUUCAAUGCAGGACACCCCAGCUUGUCCUUGGCUCAUCCAAGAAAACUCUAUGCAUCUCAAACAACACAUCUCAAUCUUGGCCAAGGGAAAAUGGACUGCUUUGCUGGAUUUGCACUGAGCAACUUUAGGAAAUGUCGGUGGAGUGUUCACCAAGAUCAAACAGCAGUACAGGUGAAAGGCAAACACACAAGCUCCAGCCCAAAUCCUCCUGGUGGCGCAUUCUACCCCAGAGGCUAAAGUGAUUCAAGGACUCCAGGACACCUCUUAAGAGCCUUUCUAAGAACAUGAUAGGCUUACUUCUGCUCCAUAAUAAAGUGGGAGAAAAAAGAAUGUAA